UAUACUGUACAGACGGAGGCGGGGGACGAAAAGAAGGCCAGGAAUAGUGGGCGGAAUUGUGAGGUCGCUUAGGGUUAGCCUGCCGAAAUUUACCCAUUUGCGUGGUGGCAGCGCUCCGGUUGUCCAGGUACCUGGAGGCAUCUAUUGUACCUUAGGUACCUACAGGCAUCUAGCCUUUCGGUACCCUAGGUACGUACCUCAACUACGACCUGCUUGCCCACACCAGAAUCCCUCUUUUUUUUUUUAACCCUGUCCGUUAUCAAAUCCUCUCCUCUCGAUCCGACCUUCUUUUUCUCCCAUUCCCAUCGUCCCGCACCUCUCGUCUUCGCACACGACCAGCCGAGCGUCAACCCAACCGCCUCCCCUCCAGGACCUCCUCUCAUUGAGGUAUGUCGAGUCGGCAUGGCGUGAAUUGUCAACAAGAUAAUUCGUCGUCCCUCUCCUCCCCCAUGCGCCGCCCUUCGAGAAGCCAGGGGAGAGCAAUCAGGGUCUGGCCCUGCCACUCCUCAGUCGCUGUCGCAUCGCGAUGAUGGCUGUCGAGUCGGGCCGCUGAUACGCUUCUCCCCUCCGGUACCGAGCGGGCAGAACCCUCCCCAAGCGGCACGUUUGGGCAGGGCACUCUCCAUGCUCGAGGCUUACGAAGGCUAACUAGACACCCGUGACUAGUAGAUACCUCGCACCCGCACCCGCCCACGCCAACGCCGCCAAUAUGGUCAAGACUUCGGUCCUCAACGACGCUCUCAACGCGAUCAACAAUGCCGAGAAGACGGGCAAGCGGCAGGUCAUCAUCCGACCCAGCUCCAAGGUCAUCACCAAGUUCUUGACCGUUAUGCAGCGACACGGCUACAUUGGCGAAUUCGAGGAGGUUGACGACCACCGAUCCGGCAAGAUUGUCGUGCAGCUGAACGGCCGAAUCAACAAGUGCGGUACCAUCUCUCCCCGCUUCAACGUCCACCUGGCGCAUCUGGAGAAGUGGGUUGUCAAGCUGCUUCCUUCGCGUCAAUUUGGCUACAUCAUCCUCACUACUUCGGCCGGUAUCAUGGACCACGAGGAGGCCCGAAGGAAGCACGUCUCCGGCAAGAUCAUUGGUUUCUUCUACUAGGAGACGGUACAUGCAAAAGCCCCCCAAAAAUGAAUGGAUGAUUGGCGGAUACGAGCGGGCACGGAUGAAACAAACAGCAUUUUCGGCGUUGGGAGGGGGAAAAUGGUUAACGGCCAGGCCUGCGCUUGAUCUUUUGAGCCAAAUAUACCACGAUACCAGACCACGGAAAUGCUACGAGCCCAGGUCCGUGUCUCGUCCGUAAUUCCGAGUCCUGCUCCUUGCCGCUGUGCUAUGUGCUACGUGUCAGUUAUGGUUGGUUUACAAUCUGUGCUCUGAUAUCCAGGGUAAGACAAGACGCCGUCUAUAAAUAUUCCGAAUCGCCUGCGAUUUGCGGAAUGAAGACGUAAAAAUCAACUCAUCACGUGGGAUUCGGGGGGUUAAUAAAAUCAAGCGAUGGAGCCGGUGUUGGCAGGUGUCGGUCCCUACGUAGUUGAAAAAUUAGGAACCCCCAUCAUCACGAACCUGUUUCGUAUGCAUGGACGCGGUCAAUAG